UGUUGGGGAUGAAUGAACCCAGCAGGGUUUCCAGCAACAGUUCGUCCUCUCUGAACCUUCAAUUACGUGCUUGUCAGUAGCAACUCGUCCUUGUCUUGCGUGCUUUCUAUUCAGUGUGGUUGACCAACGAAGGGCUUUGGUAACAAACGUGGAAUUUGUUUUUUUACACAAGACAAAAACUGCACGGGGCAGAAUGGAAACGGUUCAAAGGAUCACCGGUAAUCCAAGUCAUUGCAGCCUCAGAAAAGGGACAAAUUAGUGCUGUUAAAAAUCCUCACCAUACGGUGACAACACGUGCUGGGUCUCUUGCUAAACUAAUUUACGACCAGAAUUCUUGGGAUGACGAUAGCUGGCCGGCGCGGUGCUAUUCAAUGGUGGCUGAAGAACACACAUCAUAUGGGAUGUUGGUAAUCUGAAGUAUUCCCGGUGCAUUGCAUACUGGACUAUUCAAGCCUGUGUACUCGCCAGACAUCACUCAUUGACUCAUAAACGAUGGGGAAUUCUCAUUGAAUAGCGCAACGCAGACGGGAUUUUGACACACUGCCCUGCUGAGCUAUAAGUUGAACUGUCAUUCACUUAGCUAUAACAUUUUUGUCACCAAAUCUGGGAUGUUUCAAAACUAUGUGAUCAAUUUUUCUGACACCAACGGCUUGUAUGUAGUCGACAUUACUGCACUCGGAUACAAUUUAUUAUUGCUGAGUUAAAUCCAUGUGACAGUCUACUACGUUGUAAUGGAUAGUUUGGAAUGUUGUUUGACGAUGGAGAGGAGGCAUCUGCAAACUCGUGGACAACACAUUGACUCGUUGUGCUUACGGCGCCUAAUUACCCUUGCAAUCUUCCUAUUACCUUGGGCCAUCUGUAACGCAGCCCCCUGGCAACUAUCAGACUACAAAAAGGGGCACUGGACCAACGACACUCAGACGGGAACAGUGUCACGUAAAAGACAAUACAAUAGUUAUCAUGUGGAGGGAAGUACACGAGGCUGCAAACGAGAGCAUAGUACCAACAGCCGCCGACACCAUCGCCACCACAAUCGGCACAAGAGCAAAGACAACGAAGUGUUCCCAGCAGUCAGGUCUAGCAACAUCCUAAAUGAAAUACCGACCUAUGUGUCAGACUUAGUGGCAUUUUCGCCAGUCAAACCCGUCAAACCUCCCUGGUCACCGGAGGCUGUUUUGAGCGCAGAUAUGAAUGAGGUGACGGGGCGGCAUCACCGUGAGAAGCGAAGCACCACUGGGAGGGGUGAACCAUACCAAGCUGCCUGCGAACGGGACGCAAGCUGGGUGGAGAAGAGCUGGGCCUACGACCUCUUCGGUAACAACGUCACUGUAGUCAAUGAGAUCACAACCUCGGACGGUAAGCAAAUGAAACAGUGGUUUUACCAGACAACUUGCAAGAGAACUCCUGAACUGGCUCGAGCACCCAGUCCUUGUGCUGGGAUCGAUGCGCAGGUAUACGAGUCCGAGUGUGAAGAAAAACUAUCCUUCGUUUACGCCGUAGUGCGUACACCAAAAGGAGAGCAGGGAUGGAACUGGGUGACUAUCAGUACGUCAUGUAACUGUGCGUUCAGACAAAGGGCAAGCCCAAUGAGAAGAACGCCAUUGACCGCCUAUUCCUCAAGCGACUCUCGCACACAACCAACUUUAUCGAGAGAGCGAUGAACAACUCAAGCUACAGUGCAGGCUUUUAAACUGAAACCGUAAAACCAAGCCAAACUUGCAGGGACUUUGGAAAGAAAGUGUUGUCCAGAAGAUACUUUUGACCUCGCCAUGUAUUGAAUAAAGUUGUAUAAUGUACCUUUCAGUGUAGCCGCCGUGUUAACGCCUACUGUCGAUCUAUCACGAAGUCUGUCAUGCAAGAAAUCAAGCCAGAAAGUAUUGCGUACACCUGCCCUAUGACGACUUGGAAGCUAGUAUCCUUCAGUCUUCAAUCUUCAGUCUUCAACAUAAAAGGGACUAAAAAAAAAGUCAGAAAAAAAUAACACAAAACAGCAGAAAUCCCAUGAUAACAGGUCUUGCUAAUAAAGAUCCCACUUCUGCAACCACUUCUGCUCCCUGAGUUCGCACCUUUCAAAAUUGUCAUGUCCAAGACCUCCAUUCUGUGUACUUUGCUUUACUCUUUUGUGUGAACUAGACCUUUGUGUGUGAACUUCUCUAAUAUUUUAUAGCAACUUUCUGUGACGGUGUUGAAGAUUGAAGCAAAAUAUUCAUAGCGAGAAGCAAUUUUUGUGAUUGACAAGUGUAUCUCAACAGCACAAUAGUUUGCUAUGAUCAGUCAUAAGCUAUAAAUCCAGUUGGGUUUGUAUGAUAUGCGAUAUGGAUCACAGAAAUGCCUUGCUCAAUCACGUCCCUAAAGUUCAUUAGGCCACAAGCAUUCCAGAAAACCAGCUUUCAGCUUGGCGAGUACCCUUAUGCUGAACUAUUUAGCAAAAUGAUGCACAUUGUUAUUGCCCUUUCAUCCCCAAACAAAAGUCCCUAUCGUCAAAAUGGCUAAAAAUAACUUUCGUGUCUUGCGUAGAAGACAAAAAUAGGCCUACCUUGACGGAGGGCCGAGGCCACCAUACUAUGAGACAAGUGCACUAAAUAUUCUGGGUCACACGAAAAAACAUCACAAGCAAUUUUUUUUUUUUUAUAUAGAAAUAUCAACACUCGGCAUCAUUUCCCCCUUUUUUGACAGGAAUUUUGCUUGUGAAAAUGCAAGUUGCCAUCAAGACGCUUGCGAUUCUAUAAAAACUCACGCACCAGCAUUGGUUUGGAAUAACUUGGCAUGCAUGUAUGGUUCCUUGCAGGCAUAA